AUGGGUAGGAAGGAGCGAGAAGCUCCGACGGUGGCAGAUGUGAAAGCCCAAGAGCUUGACCCGGUGAGUCUUGGCCGCAAAAUCGGCUACUUCCUUUCACUCAAGGGCUUUUGCGUCAUAGACCCGCAGGUAGAAGAGGAGCACCUAGACAAUGUGCUCGGAGACAUUUCUGCCGUGGACGAGCAGGGCAGAUUUGCUUCUGUACCAGGAAUAGUGUUGGAGGAGGCUUGCUUGGCAAAGAGGGAUCUUUCCGGGUGGCUGACAUUGGGGUGGCACUGGAAGACGCAUACGCAUCCAUCUUCACGGACAGCUUUGUGCGUGAUGGUGCUGCUCUUCGCUAUUUUGAUUCGGAGCUGA